AGUCCCAUGGUCUCCAUUUCUUCAUUGGAUAGGAGUUUUCUUCUCCCUAGCUACCCCUGAACCUCGGCUUACAUUACAAACGGUUCUGCAUCAUCAUAUAUAGAAAGAGAGAGAACAUACGUACGUCCUUCGCCUCUCUAUCGGAGUCGACUCGGGUGAUUCGAAUACGAUCUGUUCUUCUGCCCGGCCUUGAGUUUUGAUCUCAUAUCCCAAGCAAAAAGAUGAAGAAAUUGGUGUUGAAACUGCACUUGCGCGACAGCAAAGAGAAGCAGAAGGCGAUGACUAAAGUUUCUGGAAUCCCGGGGGUGAUCUCGGUGGCCAUAGACAUGAUUGAGAAGAAGAUGACGGUGACGGGGGAGGUCGAUGCGGUGGAGGUGACCAGCAAGCUGAGGAAGCUCUGCCAUGCCGAGAUAGAGAUGGUAGGCGAGGCCAAGGAAGAGAAGAAGAAUGACGGCGGCAGCAAGAAGGAAGGAGGAGAUGAUAAGAAUAAGGUUGAUUUUGCCGAUCUUCAGACGGCUUAUUAUGCUUAUCCGUGGGUCUACCAUCCUCAUCAGACGUACAUGCCAGUGGUGUAUGCAGAGGAGAAUCCAAAUCCUUGUGUGAUCUGUUAAGAUUAUAAUAAUGUUAUUUUGGUUUGUAUUGAUAUAGAAGAUUGAAUAAGAAGAUCGAACUGGACUCCGGGCUACUGCCUAUUCGAUUUUGGUUCUAUCCUAUUUUGAACUGUCGAGAUGUGGAUUUCUCUGUCCCUUUUGCCUUA